AAUGCAGUAUCCCUAAAGCCUCUGUAGUCACUGCGAUUGUGGGAUCCUGACUAUGUGGCAGCGGCUGCCCGUGCCAGAGGCCCCGAAAAUGUGAAGACAGCUUUUUGGCUUUGCAGGGUGUGGCAAGAAGCCGAACCGUGCCAAGCCUGGCAGAAGAAUGACAAGUGGGAGGAGUAAGAGCCGGAAAGAGUGGUGGCAGGUGAAGUCGGAGACGACAGAGGAACUGGUUUCCUCCGCCCCCCGAGGCACACAGCCUGCCGACGCCCCAUUAAUACAUGUGGAAGGGGAAAGAGACUGAAUGGAGGAAUGAAUACAACUUGAUCCAGGUAGUGCUUCGGCAGAGGUCGUUUUACCUGUGAACCUCUCUCCUGACAAGCGGCCAAUGUACGGAAUCAACCACCAAGAUGGCGGCGCCCUUGAAGAAUCCGCAAUUAGGUCGCCGCCAUGUGUCGCCUAGGAACGUACGGAAUUCGACCCACGUACGGAAUCAGAUUCCAAGAUGACGGCAUCCAUGAGGAAGUCACGCAGUAGGUGCAGCCAUGUUGCCUGUACGUCGAGGCCGUAAAAGCAGCCGCCGUACGGACUCUACUGACAAGGUGGCGGCGCCCUUGGGAAAGCCACAAUGUGAGCGCGGCCAUGUUCCCGGCGAACGUAUGGAUUCGGCCACCAUACGGAUACGAUAAUCAAGAUGGCGGCGCCUGAGGGGUCUUGGGGGCUCUAGGCCGGCGACCUACUGGUUUGCGGCGGAGACGACGCACGGGGCUUGCGCAACAGGAGUACGCUGCCUGGGAGGCGUGACUAGAAGCGGAAGUAGUUGUGGGCGCCUUUGCAACCGCCUGGGACGCCGCCGAGUAGUCUGUGCAGGUUCGCGGGUUGCUGGCGGGGGUCGUGAGGGAGUGCGCCGGGAGCGGAGAUAUGGAGGGAGAUGGUUCAGACCCAGAGCCUCCAGAUGCCGGGGAGGACAGCAAGUCGGAGAAUGGGGAGAAUGCGCCCAUCUACUGCAUCUGCCGCAAACCGGACAUAAACUGCUUCAUGAUCGGGUGUGACAACUGCAAUGAGUGGUUCCAUGGGGACUGCAUCCGGAUCACUGAGAAGAUGGCCAAGGCCAUCCGGGAGUGGUACUGUCGGGAGUGCAGAGAGAAGGACCCCAAGCUAGAGAUUCGCUAUCGGCACAAGAAGUCACGGGAGCGGGAUGGCAAUGAGCGGGACAGCAGUGAGCCCCGGGAUGAGGGUGGAGGGCGCAAGAGGCCUGUCCCCGAUCCAGACCUGCAGCGCCGGGCAGGGUCAGGGACAGGGGUUGGGGCCAUGCUUGCUCGGGGCUCUGCUUCGCCCCACAAAUCCUCUCCGCAGCCCUUGGUGGCCACACCCAGCCAGCAUCACCAGCAGCAACAGCAGAUCAAACGGUCAGCCCGCAUGUGUGGUGAGUGUGAGGCAUGUCGGCGCACUGAGGACUGUGGUCACUGUGACUUCUGUCGGGACAUGAAGAAGUUUGGGGGCCCCAACAAGAUCCGGCAGAAGUGCCGGCUGCGCCAGUGCCAGCUGCGGGCCCGGGAAUCGUACAAGUACUUCCCUUCCUCGCUCUCGCCAGUGACGCCCUCAGAGUCCCUGCCAAGGCCCCGCCGGCCACUGCCCACCCAACAGCAGCCACAGCCAUCACAGAAGUUAGGGCGCAUCCGUGAAGAUGAGGGGGCAGUGGCGUCAUCAGCAGUCAAGGAGCCUCCUGAGGCUACAGCCACACCUGAGCCACUCUCAGAUGAGGACCUACCUCUGGAUCCUGACCUGUAUCAGGACUUCUGUGCAGGGGCCUUUGAUGACCACGGCCUGCCCUGGAUGAGCGACACAGAAGAGUCCCCAUUCCUGGACCCCGCGCUGCGGAAGAGGGCAGUGAAAGUGAAGCAUGUGAAGCGUCGGGAGAAGAAGUCUGAGAAGAAGAAGGAGGAGCGAUACAAGCGGCAUCGGCAGAAGCAGAAGCACAAGGAUAAAUGGAAACACCCAGAGAGGGCUGAUGCCAAGGACCCUGCGUCGCUGCCCCAGUGCCUGGGGCCCGGCUGUGUGCGCCCCGCCCAGCCCAGCUCCAAGUAUUGCUCAGAUGAUUGUGGCAUGAAGCUGGCAGCCAACCGCAUCUACGAGAUCCUCCCCCAGCGCAUCCAGCAGUGGCAGCAGAGCCCUUGCAUUGCUGAAGAGCACGGCAAGAAGCUGCUCGAACGCAUUCGCCGAGAGCAGCAGAGUGCCCGCACUCGCCUUCAGGAAAUGGAACGCCGAUUCCAUGAGCUUGAGGCCAUCAUUCUACGUGCCAAGCAGCAGGCUGUGCGCGAGGAUGAGGAGUAUGAGAGCCAGACGUCCUUUGGGUCCAUGUACCCCACACGCAUUGAAGGGGCCACACGACUCUUCUGUGAUGUGUAUAAUCCUCAGAGCAAAACAUACUGUAAGCGGCUCCAGGUGCUGUGCCCCGAGCACUCACGGGACCCCAAAGUGCCAGCUGACGAGGUAUGCGGGUGCCCCCUUGUACGUGAUGUCUUUGAGCUCACGGGUGACUUCUGCCGCCUGCCCAAGCGCCAGUGCAAUCGCCAUUACUGCUGGGAGAAGCUGCGGCGUGCGGAAGUGGACUUGGAGCGCGUGCGUGUGUGGUACAAGCUGGACGAGCUGUUUGAGCAGGAGCGCAAUGUGCGCACAGCCAUGACAAACCGCGCGGGAUUGCUGGCCCUGAUGCUGCACCAGACGAUCCAGCACGAUCCCCUCACUACCGACCUGCGCUCCAGUGCCGACCGCUAAGCCUCCUGGCCCGGACCCCUCACACCCUGCAUUCCAGAUGGGGGAGCCGCCCGGUGCCCGUGUGUCCGUUCCUCCACUCAUCUGUUUCUCCGGUUCUCCCUGUGCCCAUCCACCGGUUGACCGCCCAUCUCCCUUUAUCAGAGGGUCUGUCCCCGUCGACAUGUUCAGUGCCUGGUGGGGCUGUGGAGUCCACUCAUCCUUGUCUCCUCUCCCUGGGUUUUGUUAAUAAAAUUUUGAAGAAACCAA